UCGGGAUAUGUUAUAACAACCCUUGUGUUCAUGGAAAAUGUUAUGAAAACGAAGAGGGCUAUCUGUGUGUUUGUGAAACAGGAUAUGAGGGUCAACGAUGUGAAAACAAGACUGAUUACUGCCAGUCGAGUCCAUGUGUGCACGGGCGAUGUGUUUCUAACAUAGCAAAUUACACGUGCAUCUGUGGAAGUAAUUUCACAGGAGAAAGAUGCGAAACGGUUAUAAUAUUAACCGAUUGCUACGACAUAUACACGAAUAACAUCAGCAGCAAAAGUGGGGUAUACAGUGUGAUGUUGUGGAGAUCAAAACAAAGGAUAGAAGUAUAUUGUGACAUGGAUAUAUAUCCUUACGGAUGGACGGUUUUUCAGAAACGAUUUAAUGGUUCUGUUGACUUCUACCGUAAUUUCACAGAGUAUACAGAUGGCUUUGGAAAUCUUCGAGGUGAAUUUUGGCUUGGUCUCCGUUAUAUCGAAGAAAUGACAUCUCAAUAUGAGAGUGAACUCAGACUGGAUGUGGUAGCUGCUGACAGUUCUCAUGCGUACGAGGUCUUUCAAAACUUCAGCUUAUCGAAAUAUCCAAAAUAUACCCUCCAUCUCGGAAAGAAGACAGUUGAACAAAUAUCAAAUAGAACAAACGGAUUUUCUUAUAGCAACGGUUCUGACUUCAGCACAUUCGAUCAUGAUGCAGACCAAUAUAAUGGUGAAAACUGUGGACAACUGCAACGUGGUGGAUGGUGGUUUGUAAACUGUUCUCGGGUUAACCUGAAUGGCGAGUAUCUAACACCACCAGGAGGAACAUCAACUUACUACUAUGGAUAUGGAGGUUUCAUCUAUUAUCUAUGGAAACAAUUCGCAACACUUAAAUCAUCACAAAUCAUGUUUAGAAAACACACUUAAAACUUUCCAUUUUCGAAUGUCAACGGACGAUGUAUUUUUCAAGGUUAUUGAUACACGUACUUACAACAUCACACCAAAUAACUUAAACGUUUCAGAAUAUAUGUUUGAAUACUGUUGGAACUAUGGAUUUUUAUAUCGUGGAUCAAUAAAUGUAACUAAAUAAAAGAUAACAAAAUUGUU